AUGUCGACCCGGAAGGUGCGAUACAAGAAGCUAAACACAAAGACGCCUCUCCCCGUCCUCCGCGAAGAUCAGAUCGACCCCAACGAGUAUGAGUCCCUCACCACCGAGUCCCAGAUCGCCACCGGCGUCGAACAGGCCGAGGAAAAUGAGUACCACUUGCAGGCUGCCCUGAGGGGUGUUGGCGCCAGUACGGACAAUGAGAUUCCCGUCCCGCCGCCCCAGAAGAGCGAGGCAAACUACGGAGAGCUGUAUCCCCUCCCGUACGUAGAGCCGCGGAAUUACAUCAAGUUCUCCGAGACGGUUGAGGAGACGCUUGGUAGCCUCUAUGAUAUGACGACUGAGGAUGAGGAGUAUCUCGGCUCCUAUAACGCCAAGUCGGCGGCCGCUGCUCGGCUCUCGGAGGAGGAUUUUGAGCACAUGAUGGAGAUCUUCGAGGACACGGCGACAGAGCAAGCCCCCUUCGCUUCGGUAGAUAACACGGUAGUGCCAUAUGAGGUUAUGGUUCAGGCUCUGGGUCACGUGAUCCCCGCUAAGCUUAUCCAAGCCCAUGGCAAGGCCGUCUAUGAGUACUGGAAGUCUCGGCGACAGGCCGGCGGGAACAGGUUGCUGCACCCCUCGCUCAAGUUCGAGACGCACCAGGAGCAUGACGACAUGGACCCCUAUGUCUGCUUCCGACGGCGCGAGGUCCGACAGACGAGGAAGACGAGGGCGCGGGAUGUGCAGGUGACUGAUAAGCUGAAGCGACUGCGUAGAGAGCUAGAAGAGGCACGCAAGCUCAUACACCUGUCGUGUCAGCGAGAGGUGUAUAAGCGGGAGCUGUUGAAUAAUGACAGGCUGAUCUUUGAGCAACGGAGUAGCCUCAAGGAGACCAAGGUCCGGCUUAGUAUCAAGGGGGAUGACGAGGACCUGUACAAUGCUCGGCCACAGAAGCGACCGAGGACGGAGGCCCAGCAGCCAGCACGUCCUGGUUCCCAUUCCCAGAUCCGUCUCGUUACUAGGCCCGACGGCAAACCGGUCGAUACCGUCGAUCUCGCCCUCCCUCUCUUGUCUGUCAAGCUUGCCGAGAAGGAGAAUGAGCUGCGUAACGACGUGGAGACGAAGAUCCAGAACCAUAGGCGGUGGAAUACUGGUUACGUCGAUUUGACUGCCGAGCCACUGUCCCCCAUUGUCGAGGAGCGGCCGGCGUUCAGGCCUGCGAAAACGGCCUAUCUGCUCACCCCGCCAGCGUCAUCUGCGUCCGAUUCCAUGGAGGUAGACGGGGAAGUCCAGGCGGAUUCGAAUAAGAACCCGGCAGCGUUUCUCUUCAGCGGGAUGGACCUAGAUGCCUCUUCCGACGCUGAAGAGACGUAUUCGUACCGUCGCCGCAUAGCCCGAUUAGGUCGCUUGUUCAUCGACCGCCGCGCACACAGGGUAAAUGGGCCAAAGAAUCCUUCCCAUGAUAUAGACCCCGCCCAGAGUGACCGGUGGAAAUAUGACCGAGACGACGAUGAGGAUGAGCAACCAGCGUAUGAAGUCGAUCCCAACAGCUUCCGUCAGAUGAAGUUCCGGUCAACCAUACCACCGCCACCCAUGAUGUUUCGGAGACAGGUCAUGGACACGGUUCCACUUCAGGUCGGCGGCGCUAAUCGGCAGGCUCUGCCACAAGCCCAAGCCCAAGCCCAAGCCCAAGCCCAGGCUCAGGCCCAGGCCCAGGCCCAAGCACCUCCGACUCAGCCUCAAGUGCAGCAACCACAAGUGCAGCCGCCUCAGGUGCCCUAG